AUGCUAGAACACUAUUCCGAUUGGGUUCAAGCAUACUGCGGUGACGAGGACAGGAGAAAGGAGGAAGAGAAAUACCUUUCAUCCCUGUUCACAUCCAAUGGUCAACCACGGCCAUACGUACGUAAGCGACCAAGAAAUCUCUUCGUGACCGGUCAGAUAUUGAAAAGCUGAAGUUUUGGCUUUCGAUUUUUUAUGAGAUGAAGGUCUCGAAGGCGGCAGCAAGGAUUCUGAGUCCUGUUGGUUGUAAGGUGACCGUAGUCCGUAAAUAAGCCAAAAACUAUUUAACGACAUCGAAGUUAUCAGCGGGGGUCUAGAGUGUGCUAUUGCAAAAUAGCAGUGCGAUGAAUGUUGGCGAGACGGGCAGACGUAUCGACGCAAGACUGCAUGGGCACCAGUUCGCAGUUGACCGUAAAAAUAAACUUCCACUGGUACAUGCGCGGUUUCGCCUUUGGAGAAGCAAGCGCCAUCGGCUGGACCAAUGAAGCAAUGUGCAGACUCGUGUCCGAAUACUGGCCCUCGACUGGUACACUCAGCCGAGCCACGCACCGUCAUCCUGCCUACCAGGUGCUGCGCAUAUGACUCAAAUCAGUCCGGACGCGACCAAUAGCCUGAACAAACAACUAGUGGUUCAUUCAGCAUUCGUCAUCCUCAGGGGAGAGAGAAUGGGCCAACCGAGUCACCUGACCAGUGGUCAAAUCGGUGCACCGACGGGCAAGAUCUGUUGGUUCUAACGCGCACACGCGGUGAUAACCGAUCAAUUCAACUGGUUAAGGGUGGUGGCUCAUGGAGACAGAAUCUUGGAGAGGAAACGUGGGCGAUUUCAGAGGUUUCCGAGAAUCUGAGCUUUUCAGGAGAAAGCAACCGCCCCACGAAUAAGUAGGGCCGAUCAGGACGAGUUGAUGAUAGGAGGAGAGUCUAUUUAUAGCAGGCUGUGAUGAGAUAGCCUAAACAGUGGAACUUAUUGGUUACUCGACGCUGGCAGAUUAUGACAUGAGAUGGAAUUUCAUGAGGAAAGACGAGCACACCCCUCAAGUUGUGGCAUAUGAGAUAUGAUCCCGGAAAUCUUUGAUCGGAUCCAGCUACGGCAUUGCAACAAUCGACUCAGAGGUGCCACAAAAGACGUGUCCGGUGAUGUCUGUUGGCAGGGGCACUAACGGUGCGAGACUCCCACAUUUUAACGGGCAACCACAAUCUCACUGGGAGUGUCCCGCGAGUGAACUGGAAGCCACCUGGUAACUGUUCCACAUGAAACGCGGUCUAUUUGUCGAACAGUCAAGUUGCGUCGCCUAUGGUAGCCACAAUACUAACAGUCUCAUUUGUAAAUUUGCCAUGGGCACUUCACGAAGUCAUGGAGAAGGCCGCACGGAACAGAUGCAGAAGUACAGUAGAUGUGCUACUUCAUAAAAUGUUGACCGAAAAUCCGAAUUAUGUUUUCGAUUUGGAAAGAUGAGCUAGAUGGGGCCGUAGGAUUUAUGGUCACGCGGCAGAAUCUCAAGAAAUAUCAGUCAUGCCAGGAUGCCGGCCUUAAACGAGGUUCAUUCGGGUUGUUUGCAAAAAGUACACUCUGUGAACUAUAACUACUUACAUGUUCCAAAAUGUUCUUUCUUUCACUCUCUUUUGGUAGAAAGUUACAUAUACUUCAAACUCUAUAUUCGACGAAAUAUUAUAUUUCAGUUUUAGAAAAUUCUCCAGUUUCCGAAUCAUUUUCAAUUCGACCUGACAUCACACUUACGUUCAUGUCUUCCAAACUACAAGAUGUGUAUUUUCCGUGCUAAAAAAAUUAUGCAUUUCUAUACGCCACUGAGAAGAAGACGUGUGGCUUUCAUAAAACUUUGUAGUGGAUUAAAUUUUUACUAUCUAUUUCACAGGCAGCAUUAGUUAACAUAGAAAUGUGGUGCUUUAUGAAAGGAAAUUUCACGGUUUUAAAAAUCUCACAAUAAUACUGUUUUGUUAAAACCUGGUGGUAGUGUCUUUUAAGUACGAAAUUGCACGAAUAAAUAAUUCGCAGACGAAUGAGAAAAAUGACACAUUUUGUGCGUGUUUUCUGUGAGGCGUAUUUAAGUGUAAAAGGAUAUCGAAAACCAAUUGGAACAAUCCAUACUAAUAAACCUGUCAAUUUUGCUGAGUAUCCUAUCCCUUGGAAACGAAAACACGCCUCAGAACUUCGGUUACCAUUUAAUGGGAUAGCAGAGCCUUCUAUGAAAAGUUGACAAGGGGAGAGUGUUUAAAGGUGUUGGAGGUAUGUGGAUAAAUAUUGAGGAAGAAUUACGAAUGUUAUAUGGAACGAAUAACUGGUGCAGGGAUUGAAAUCCGACAAAGGUUUGAAAUGUUGGCAGAAGCCUGAAAUGCAGCGUCAUCUAGUAAUUUCCUUCUCACUUGUCUAAGAUUCUCGUACUAAUAUCGAUUCCAGUAGGUGGGUUUCUGUUUAGUGUUAGGGUUACGGUUAAGGUCAGGAUUAGGAUUGCGGUUAAGGGUCCAGAGGUUAGUGUAAGGGUUAGCAUUUGGGGGUUAGGGAUGUAGGGUUCAAUGUUAGGGUUAGUAUUUGAGGACUAGGAUGGAGGAUCAAGAGAUAGCUUCGGGUUAGGAUUUAGAGUUAUUAUUUAGGAUUAGGUUUAGGGUUAUAAUUUAGGGCUAGGGCUUAGGGGUCUACAUUUUACCAGUGUGGUCGUAGAUCAGGUCUCUGCCAAAAUUAUAUUUAUCUGCAAUCGGAGACAGAAGUCGGCUUUCAGCUAGGGCUCACCGAAAUUUAAAGCUGUUCAGAUAGUUUCUGAUUGAAGAGGAAGUACACGGAUGCGUCUAAUGCAACUGAACUCAUGUAAAGUACAUUUGCAAUGUUAGAACGACUAAAUUCGCUCUCUAAAUCGGCGAACGUCACAACCAAGAAAUUUUACCUCAAGCAUUUCUGAUUGCUGUAGCAUGAAGUGAAGCCGCCGAAUAGCAGGUUUGUCCACUUAGUUCUGCAUCAACUAAAUCCCCUCCUUGAAGGUUCACGCCCGUUCCAGGAAACGAAACCGCAUGGAUAUGCAAAGCUGACUUUCAAUGCUAAGAAAAACGUGCUGUUGUCCAAAGUAACUACUUGAGUAGCAUUAAUUUUUGCAUCGGUUUUCAACACCCUUCUAAAUGCGAGUAUAUUUUAUAGAAAAGAUGUACAAAACGUAUUCUUUCUACUACUCAUUUGGCAGAAAGUUACGAAUUCUUAAGAUUUUAUAUUGAAGAAAUAGUAUCUUUCGGUUUUUAAAAACCCUCCGGUCCACGAAUGAUUUUGAAACCGACCUGUCGUCUCCCUCUCAUUCAGGGCUUCUAAACUACAAAAUCUGCAUUUUCCGUGAUUGGAAAAUCAUGUAUUCUUAUGGGCUACUAAGAAUAAGCCGUCCGGCAUUCAUAAAAUCAUGUAGGGGAUUUGAUUCAUAAGCAGCACUAUUAAACGAAGAGAAACGAUGGUUUAUGAAAGGACAUUUCAGGAUCUUAAAAAAAUCUCAUAAUUAUAAACUUAACUCAACCUUACUCAACUUACUCCUUUCUAAGCACAGAAUUUGAGGAAGUAAUUCUCCACUAUAUGAACAAAUGAAUGACCAUUUUGGGUGGGUUUUCCGUGAGACAUCUUGGAAUUUAUGAGGGCAGCGAUAAUUCAUUGGAAAAAUUCAUGCUACACAUCUAGUCAUUCUUCCUGAGUAUAGUUUAUCCAGACGAGACCAACGAAGAUCGGUCAAAAGCUGGCAUGCUUAUAUGACUGAAAUAUUUAGAGGUGGCGGAGAUGAACAGAUGACUAUUAAGGAAAAAUUACGAAUGCCAUGUGGAACAACUAACGGGUGCAGUGGUUGAAAUCAUUCAAAAUAUUUUUAAUCCGGAGUAGCAGACUGAAGUCAGCUCUCAGCUGAGGGACUCACAGAAAUUUAAAGCUAUUCAGAUAGUUAUAAUUGAGGGGGAAGAACAAGGAUACGUCUACUAGAACUGACUUCUUGUAAAAUACAUUUAUAAUGUUAGAACGACUAAAUUCGCUCUCUAAACCGGUGAACGCCACAACCAAGUAAUUUUACCUCAUACAUUUCUAAUCACUUCAGCAUGAAGUAAAAACCGCCGAAUAUCAGGCCUGUCCACUUAAUUCUGCAGCAACUGAAUUCACUCCUCUAAGGCUCACAAUACUUCUAUUCCGAAACACGUGAUCACCACCUGAUGCAACAGCCGCCGGUGGGCAUCCGCGUCGUUGGUCGGGUUCAAGGUCGCACGAAGCCAAUCGAUACAACUUAAUCCUUGAACUGCGUCACAAAGCAACUCGACGAGCAACGAGAUGCUAAGUCCAACGAGAAUGUUACGUCGUUACAUUAAAUGGUGGAAUGAUGUUCCAGAUGUAGCUGGAUCAUCAACUUUACCGUAUGAACAAGGCAUAUUUACUCAGGAUGUAGGCGGACCGCCAUACGCGGAUAGCAGUAAGUCCAUUCCUCAUUUCCUUCAGGAUUCAUUCUUUCAUUAUCUCAUCGUCUACAACACUUACGCCACAAUUUGAAUGCGUAUAAAUAAAGUAGUUUGAGAAAUUAUUAAUAAGGCAUAUGCAUCGCAAAAGGUAUUUAUGAAUGCAUGACCUAGCUUACAUCGGCCGAUCCGUUAAACCUACUUUAUUAAUUUUAGCCAUCUAAGUGUCACAUAUCCAAUAUGUAUGGCCGCGGAUGAGGGAUGACAUCGGGCAUAGUGUAGCAUUGCUUUAGAUUGUUGAUGUAAGCUUUCAUGCAUUCAGUUUAAAUCAUGACUUUCUCCCUAUAAGUAGAUCAGAUUUAACGUAAUGAAUUUUCUUUAACUUCUCUUCUAGUUCCUAGUGUAUCACAAUACAAUAGGUACGAAUGGCCAAAUUGCGCAACUCCCGUCAGCACACUUAGCGUAGCAUCCUCGUCUACAGCUCCCAUGACUUUUAAGGACAAUAGAAACGCGGACAGUAAGGAGGAAUCUAGCAUUGAACAGGACAUAAGUUUUAACUCUGAUACUUCCGUAUGGACAACUGGCACCGAGCACACAGCCGUCCGAUGGAGAUCAGCUCCCUCUAGACUAAGUGAGAAAAUCUCCCAGGCAACAAGUUUGGAAUAUGUCAGUCGCUUGAGCCUCACAAGUGAAGAAGACCUUCGCACUCUGGAAGCUAAUUCAACUCCCAGAACGCAGCCAUCAAAUUUCGCGCACCAUAAGGAGUCGGAAGGUGAAGUGGAUAGUGUAUCAGCAGCCGGUUCAAACAGCUCUAUUUCAUCAAUAUCGUCCUCAUCCUCAACUCCAAAACUUGAUUCUCCACAAAGGCACCCGGGAACCCCAACGAUAGCAUUUAGUGCAUCGAAUCCCCGUCCGACUCCACAUCCGCGAUCUCGCAGGUUGGCUCUGAGACAAUCCCCACCAGCAGCCACGUCGCCGCUGUCACCUCAUCCACAGCCGCAGCCACCACCACCACCACCGCUGCCGCUGUUGGCACCAAUGCGAUCAAGGAAGUCGCCACUCUCACAUUCUCCACCACCUCAUCCGUUCAAGGCGUCGAUUUCGCCGUCAAAAACUCUACCACCAACGUUCCCCUGUCUGCUGGACUUGGAGUUGUGCAGACCAGUGACGUCACCACAACGGCCCUGCCCACGGCCGCGACACUCGGCCACCCUGACACUCUCAACGCCAACAAAUCCGCCACCGCCAAGGUCGUUGUCCGCACUGCCACACCCGCCACCACUUCCACCACCACCGCCACCAGGAUGGUUGACAUUGAAACGGGUGGAGACAGUAGCGACUGCAGAGGAGUACAUGCCUCCGUCUCCGAAGCCGUCCCCUGCCCCCUCCCCGACUCCGUCUCAGCUCCUGAAUGCACUCAUUGCGUGGCCGUCGCCGUCGCCGUCGUCGCCGAAACCCUCAACCCCAUUGACACCACUGCCAGAACCCUUGUCGACGCUGACCCCUUCCCCACAACUUUCUCUUCCACUGUCUCAAAUCCCAGAGGUGUUGAAGGGGUUGAGUCCAUUGCCAUUAUCAACCCAACCCUCCUCAUCACCAGAACUGUUGAAAACGACUACCUCGUCUCCACCAUCAUCCGCAUCGCCCUCCCAGCUGCUGGUGCCGUUAAAGACGUUGACGCGACCGCCGCCGCCGCCGCCACCGCCGACGACGACGCCGACGCCGCCCUCAUCGCCGCCACCACCCCUAUUCAUUUCGCGUCUCUCGCCUGCUGA